UGAUAUGCAAUGCAACAAAAAAAAUAGAAUUCUAAUGUUAAAUGUCAAAUACGAAUACAAAUUAUUCUUGUGAAAUAUUCAUUGAAUGAAAAGCGUAGGGAGGAAGGGGUGGAAUGAAAUUGAGCAGUAGGAAAAAUGAAUAUAAAGGGAAACUGAGAUACAUUUCUUCAAAUAAAACUUGGGCCCAAAGAUUACUAUUCGACGGAAAGGGCAAGGUGGGGUAAAAUGGACCGUGUGGUAUGCUGAUGAUAAGGAGUUAAGCUCUUCAGUUACACGAGUCAGGAAGGAAGAGAACAAGAUUAAAUAUUACAAGAACAUGUACAAUAUUACAAAAUAUUACAACAACAUUCGAGCGAGUUGUCGAGCAUUUUCUGUCAAAUAUCAUGAAAUCUAAUGAAGAUAUUAUUAAAUAAAUCAUCGAAAAAUUUUGUAAAGAAUGGCAUCAAAAGAAGACUCAAACAACGAAGCUGGUCAGCCCACGAAGGACGACAUCUACGACAAUCGUCCUGUAGCAAAGAAAAUCAUCCGAAUAGUUACAGUGGUGGCAUAUCUAGUGUCAGUGAGUUUUGUCGCAAUAGUCCUGAGUAGUUACUACAUAUUUCUGUGGCACCCACCACCGGGGGGAUCGUUGAGCUUGAAGGACCCUCACAGUGAAUAUCUGAUGGAGAGACCUCCUCAGAGAUCCAAUGACAGAAGUAUCAGUGAAAUCAUCGUAAAGACCAUCAACUCAUUCAGAAAAAAUGGCGUACGUCGAGGCUUUAACGGGACCACAUCACAAAGUAAAUCGAAGAAUGUUACAAAAAUAAUGAAUCGUAAUGAAAGCUACUGGAACAAUCCUGAGACCUCGACAAGUGUUUAUCAUUCUAUCAGCGAAAAACAACUGGACAGACCUCUGAACACAUCUGGAACAGAGUUAAGGGGCUUGAAGGAUGUCCUUGAAGUGUCAAGCGAAGCUUCCUCGACGUCUGAAGGCCCCACAUAUUUAGAUGAAGUCGGUACGACUGGAGAAGGUAUUCGUAUUGGUGGUGAAAGAAAUGCGACGCAUGGAGAGGAUCAAAAUGAGGAAGAGGUGGGGCAAGGGUUGAUGAAUAGUACAGAUGGGUUUAAUGCAACGAUGGACACAACAUCUGAAGAAAUUCAAGAAAAGACGACUACGAAACCCAAUACAACAGAUGUCUUGAUGCAGGAAAAAUUAAUUUAUCCAGCAGUUUACAACCGAGAGGAUCAGCCCAUCGAGAGGCCUACGGAAGUAGAAGCCUCCCUCGACCCUUUGCCAACGAUCAGUCCCACAAGCUCGGAAUACGAAGAAAUUUCUGAAGAGAAUGUUGAAGGACCUCUAGAAAUUGAAUUCGAUAGCGAUACCCUACCCCGUAGAUAAAUUCAAUAGGUGGAAAAAAUAAAUAAAUAAUAAAUGUCAUUUAAUAUCGAUCA